AUGCUAUCUGACAAAGAGUUAUAUGAGUUAAACAAGAAAGCUGUAACUGAAGGAUUCAAGCUUAAACCAAGAGUUGUGUAUAACACAGUUGGAGGCGUUAAUGGACCUUUGGUUAUAUUGGAUAACGUGAAGUUCCCACGUUACAAUGAAAUUGUGAACUUAACUUUGCCAGAUGGAUCCAUCAGACAAGGACAGGUUUUGGAAGUUCGAGCCAACAAGGCAAUUGUUCAAGUUUUCGAAGGUACUUCAGGUGUCGACGUCAAAAAGACAAAAGUCGAAUUCACUGGAGAAAACUUGAAAAUCGCCGUUUCAGAAGAUAUGUUGGGUAGAGUUUUCGAUGGUUCUGGUAGGCCAAUUGACAAAGGUCCAAAGAUCUUUGCUGAGGAUUACUUGGAUAUCAACGGGUCUCCAAUUAACCCAUACGCUCGUAUUUAUCCAGAAGAAAUGAUUUCAACCGGUAUAUCUGCGAUUGACACAAUGAACUCAAUUGCUAGGGGCCAAAAGAUUCCAAUUUUCUCUGCUUCCGGUUUACCUCACAAUGAAAUUGCUGCCCAAGUUUGUAGACAGGCUGGUUUAGUUAGACCAACCAAAGAUGUACACGAUGGUCACGAAGAGAACUUCUCUAUUGUAUUUGCUGCUAUGGGUGUAAAUUUAGAAACUUCAAGAUUUUUCAAGCAGGAUUUCGAAGAGAAUGGAUCAUUAGAAAGAACUUCAUUGUUUUUGAACUUGGCCAAUGAUCCAACAAUUGAAAGAAUCAUCACUCCACGUUUAGCCUUGACUACUGCAGAAUAUUUAGCAUAUCAGACGGAAAGACACGUUUUGACAAUUUUAACUGAUAUGUCUUCUUACGCCGACGCUUUAAGAGAAGUUUCCGCUGCCAGGGAAGAAGUUCCAGGAAGAAGAGGUUACCCCGGUUAUAUGUAUACAGAUUUGUCUACAAUCUACGAAAGAGCCGGUAGAGUGGAAGGUAGAAAUGGUUCUAUCACUCAAAUCCCUAUUUUAACCAUGCCUAACGAUGAUAUUACUCAUCCAAUUCCAGAUUUGACUGGUUAUAUUACUGAAGGUCAAAUCUCAAUUGAUAGACAAUUGUACAACAAAGGUAUUUAUCCCCCGAUCAAUGUCUUGCCAUCUUUGAGUCGUUUAAUGAAGUCAGCUAUUGGUGAGGGUAUGACAAGAAAGGAUCACGGUGACGUUUCCAACCAGUUGUAUGCUAAGUAUGCCAUUGGUAGAGAUGCGGCCGCUAUGAAGGCAGUCGUCGGUGAAGAUGCUUUGUCGGUUGAAGAUAAGUUAUCCUUAGAAUUUUUAGAGAAGUUCGAAAAGAACUUCAUCGCUCAAGGUGCUUAUGAAAAUAGAAGUAUUUUUGAAUCUUUGGACCAAGCGUGGUCACUUUUGAGAAUAUAUCCUAAGGAAUUAUUAAAUAGAAUUUCUCCAAAAAUUUUGGAUGAAUUUUAUGAGAGAGAAAGAGAUCAAGACGACGAUGAUGAUGAUGAUGAAGACGCUGAUGCUGAUAAAUCUCAUGAUUUGAUUGAUGCUUGA